AUUAAUAGCCAAUCUUUUUUUUACAAUAUGAUGGGUUAUAUGUAAAGAGAACUCUGAAAUUUUUAAUGUAAUUUUAAUAUUAAGUACGUGCAUCAAGCUGAAAACCAGCUUAGGAAACUGACACACAGGCAGGAAUCCUUUGCAAAGUCUGUGAAUUUCCUGUUUUGAAAACACAUUCAAACUUGAUCAACCAAAAACCACAACGAAUGUACUGAUAGUCUCUUACCCCACUAAAUGUACUCUCCUUUUGGGAGGAAAUACUUCUAACAAUAAACCUCAGACAAAAAGAUCUGUCAACCAACUGGUGAGCUACUAGCAUAAUAGAUCUCAAUACUUGAGAUGUUCCACUAUGUUUGCUGAAAAUUCGCACAGCAAAUCUUUUUUCAUGAAAAGUGUCAUCACGUUAGUCUAAAUCAGAUUUCUUGGGCAGAUUUAAAAUUACUUAAGAACACAAACUUUUCAGAUCCUCAACUCCCUUAGAAACAUCAGCUUUUACUGUAGUGAAAAUAUCUUAAGCUCUAGACUCUCUGCGGAACUUCUCUGGUAUGUAUUUGAAAGUAAUAAAGUUGAAUUUACUUUGAAAAUAUUUCUAAUUCAGAAGAACUUACAGUGUGCUGCUAGUUGAGUAAGUUUUAUUAUUAUCUAGAGUAUUUCAAAAGUGAGUGUAAUAGAGAGGAACAUCUGUAUUUAUGAGAAUGGGAUGUAGAACAAAACUCUUAUGUGCCAGCUAUCCACCCUGAGAACCAGGCUGGCUCUUGCCUUUGUUUGGAAGAUCCUACUUGAGAGUCAGGCUUUCUCUAGUUUGUCUCUAGCUUCUUACUCCAUCCCGUGGCUGCAGUGGGAACAAAUAAGGAUGAUAUUAAUCUAAGUGAAUUAGAAAAGAGUAGAGAGCUUCAAAGCAUAAAUGUUCAUGUAACAUUUUGACCCCUAGUGUCUACACCAUUGCUAUUUACUUUUCAGGGUUUGUCCAGUUUCUCAGGCCUGGGCUAAAGGUAGUGGGUGAUCAAAUGAUUAACUUAUAGGAAUUAACUUUGAAGCUGGUUUCUGGCUUAUAUCAAGAGUUACAUUAUUGGGACAUAGAAUCAUAGAAUUUUAGAGGUGCAAAGGACCUUUUAGGUCAUGUCAUUCAAAAGUAGAGUAAGUUGGAACUGAAUGUGUAUUUAGAAAAGUAUGAUUGUCUCAUGUAAUAAGAAUAAUAGAACUAGUGCUUUUUAGUCUGUCUAAAUCAAGUUACUGAUUUAAAGUAAAGCAACCAGUCUUAGAAAAGCAGCAUUUUAGGAAAACAUUACAUUUGAAUGUAGGCCAUUAUAUUAGAGAAGUAGGAAUAAAGAAUUUUCUUAUGAAAGAGAUUAUUAUUUUGCUUGGUGUGACUGUCAUGCAUACAAGCCACCCAUUUUUCUUAGUCCUAAGUAAGACCUAAAUGGAAAUGAAUGAAUAUCCUCAAUAUUCAAAGAAUUUGAGAAGUUUCAAAAAUUGUUUAUCCUAGGGGAGGAAAAGUCUAACUGAUCAAAAAAUAUAUAUAUUUAUGUGUUUUUACCUCUUUUAUCUUGAAAAAACAUAAAAGCCCCUUGUAUCUAAUAUGAAAUUACCCUGGGAAUGAGCUGAGUGAGUUUGAGUUGAGGGAAGAAUUAGGCCCCAGGAAAUUGACCUCCUAAUGUUUCAGAGGAUGUGGUUAAGUAAUCUGAUUGGUGAGGCUGUGGUGACUAUUGAUCCCUUUGUACUUGACAUUUAUUACUCCAAGGGGUAGAGCUAGGUUAGUUAUUGAUGAUUUUGCCUUUGAAUUUUCCACUUUUAUUCAGAUACAUUUGUGAAUGAAAUUAAGACUAAAAAAAAAAGCUUCUAUAUAUUCUGUUAACCUUUAUGUGUCAUUGAGGAAAUAGCCAUUCAGUUGUUUUUCAUCCAAGGAUCUGAAGCCAAGAUGCAGUUAUAAAUGUUUAAGGCAUUACAUACUUGAUACGAAAUUUGUUGCAUUUUAAUAAUUAUCUGUUAAAUAAUCUAAUCUAGAUCCUAUGUUAUAGGUGAAACCCCUGUCAUAUAGUAGGUUUAUAUUAAACCUAUUUUCUGCUUUAUUUUAUUGUCCACUAAGCUAUCUUUUUGAUAGUUAUCAGUUAUUAUAAGUUUAAACUUAAAACAUAAGUAUGAUUGUUCUUAAAUUUUCAGACUGGGUAAACUAAGCUUCAACAAGACAUUCCAUGUAUGUCUGUAAAAAUGAAAAAGGGUAAAUACUCCUCUAUCACUUCACUAACUGAGCCAGUCUUGACAAGCAGCUUUGCUGACUGUUCCAUCCCUUCUGCCUCAGUCCACCUGGAAGGCUGCUGUGAUGGAAGGAUGUUUGAUUGCAGAGAUGUGGUAUUCAUUGUCGGCGAAGGAGAAGACCAUGACAUUCCAAUUGGAAUUGACAAAGCCCUGGAGAAAAUGCAGCGGGAAGAACAAUGUAUUUUAUAUCUUGGACCACGAUAUGGUUUUGCAGAGGCAGGGAAGCCUAAAUUUGGCAUUGAGCCUAAUGCUGAGCUUAUAUAUGAAGUUACACUUAAGAGCUUCGAAAAGGCCAAAGAAUCCUGGGAAAUGGAUACCAAAGAAAAAUUGGAGCAGGCUGCCAUCGUCAAAGAAAAGGGAACUGUGUACUUCAAGGUAUGUGAGUCCUCGUACUCUUAGGUCCUUUCCAUCUCAAUUUACUCAAAUGUCAGUGAAUUGUACUGAUAGGAUUCCCUACUCUGAAUUCUUUCAACACUCUUCUAGGUAAGAAAAAGCCUGA